UUUUUUGUUUUUUUUUUCCUUUUUUUUUGUUUUUUUUUAUUGUUUUAUAUAUAUAUAUUUUUUUCAAUUUUUUUUUCUUCCUCUUCCUCUUUCUCUUCCAAUCUUGUUCAUCUGAAACUGAAACCCUAGAAAACUCGAUUCCCUUAAACAGCUUUCGCUCGCUUACAGAAAUCUCAGCCUCGGUGGGUCUGAGGAAGAAGAAGAUGCAACCACAGAGGCUGAAACAACAGGCGAUCAUGCAACAGUCGCUUUAUCACCAACCUGCUGUUUUGGCUGCUCCCCAGAUAGAGCCUAUCUUGAGUGGAAAUCUGCCUCCUGGGUUUGAUUCAAGUCAAUGCCGCAGUGUGUAUGUAGGUAACAUCCACCCACAGGUCACCGACUCUGAUCUUCAGCAAGUAUUUUCUACUGCUGGUCCGUUGGAAGGAUGCAAGCUUAUCCGGAAAGAUAAGUCUUCUUAUGGUUUCGUUGACUACUUCGAUCGCAGAUCAGCCGCUUUUGCUAUUAUAACUCUUAAUGGCAGGCAUCUGUAUGGCCAGCCUAUUAAAGUUAAUUGGGCAUAUGCAAGCAGUCAGAGAGAAGAUACAUCAGGUCAUUUUAAUAUUUUUGUUGGUGAUCUUAGUCCUGAGGUUACUGAUGCUACAUUGUUCGCGUGCUUUUCUGUUUAUCCCAGUUGUUCAGAUGCCAAGGUUAUGUGGGAUCAGAAAACUGGGCGAUCCAGGGGUUUUGGAUUUGUUGCCUUCCGUAGCCAACAGGAUGCUCAAAGUGCAAUAAACGACUUAAAUGGAAAAUGGCUUGGAAGUAGACAGAUUCGGUGUAACUGGGCCACAAAAGGUUCUACUACUAAUGAGGACAAACAGAUCUCUGAUUCUAAAAGUGUUGUAGAGCUAACCAAUGGAUCAUCAGAAGAUGGUCAGGAGAUAGCUAGUGAGGAUGCUCCAGAGAACAAUCCCCAGUAUACAACCGUGUAUGUCGGAAAUCUUGCUCCAGAGGUUACUUCAGUUGACCUCCACCGUCAUUUCCACGCUCUUGGUGCUGGAACCAUUGAAGAUGUUAGAGUGCAACGAGAUAAAGGGUUUGGGUUUGUGAGAUUCACCACACAUUCUGAAGCAGCUAUGGCCAUCCAGCUGGGGAAUGCUCGGAUGCUGUAUGGCAAAACCAUUAAGUGCUCGUGGGGAAGCAAACCGACACCGCCGGGGACAAACUCUGCUCCACUUCCCCCACCAGCUGCUGCAAGUAUGCCAGUUUUCUCUGCAGCCGACCUCGCGGCUUAUGGAAGACAAAUGACAUUAAGCAAAAUGGGUGGUGCUCAAGCGCUUAUGCAUCCUCAAAGCCAGCACGCUCUCAAGGCAGCCAUGGGAAUGGGUGCAGGGGGUAGUCAGGCUAUAUAUGAUGCUGGCUAUCCGAAUGUAGCUACCACCCAACAGCUCAUGUAUUACCACCAGUAAUUUCAUGCAGGAGGUAUUCGGUAGUCGGUUUGGUGAAAUAAGUUACUCAGAUUUGACUGUAGGAUAAUAUUUUCUGAAUUUUCCUCCCUAGUUUUUCUUCCUUUUUUCUCUUUCUUUUUUCACUUGGUUUUAGAUUGCUGUAUUUCUAUAAACAAAUAUACCUCUUCUGAGUGCGUGAACUGGUACUGUGUGUUUCUAUUUUCCCUGUUGGGAUUCUGACUUUAAUCGAAGCUUUGGCUAAAGGUGCUACUGAA